AUGAUAAAAAAAUCAUUUGAUGAAAAUAUAGAAAAAAUAAAGAAAAAAGAAUAUUUUAAAAAUGAAAAAUCAAAAAGUAAAGACAAAAACAACACGCAAAUAAGUGCCUAUAAAGACAUCGUUAAUAACACUUAUACGAAAAAAAGUUAUAAAAAUGAAGAAAACAAUAAUAUUAUUAGAAUAGGAAAUAGAAUUGUGAAAAUUAUAUUUAGUAGUGACAAAAAAAAAAAAAAAGAUUUGGAAAAAAAAAAAAAAAUGCGAAUUCUGAUUAGCAAAAAAAAAAAAAAAAGGAAGGAAUUCGAAAAAAAAAAAAAAAUGAUUGAUAUGUUAAAUAAAAGAUUAGGUAUAGAAAAAGAAAAAGGCAAUUUUUAUUUUCUACCUAAACAUUUAAAAAAAAAAAAAAAAUCAAAAUUAAAAAAAAUGAUUAUCAUAGAAAAAGAAAUAAAAAAUAAGAUAUACUUUGAUAUUUUACAAAAAAAGGAGAAUCAAAAUAUCAAUAAAGACGUAUCCUACAAUUUAAUUAAAAAUAAAAUAGAAUGGAAAUUAAAAAAUAAUACUCACAAAUUUUAUUAUAGGAAAUUUAAGAAAAUAUACACCUUUACAAGAAAAAAAAAAAAAAAUACUUCUUUUAUCAGUAUUUAUGAAAUUGAAGAUAAGAAUAUGCAUAAGAAUAUUACGGAAGAGAUUAAUAAUUUAAAGAAUUUUAUUUUAUUGAAUAAAAAAUAUAUAAAAAAAAGAAAAAAAUUGGAUAAAAUAAAAAAUUAUAAAAAAAAUGUGAUAAUGAAUAAUAUAAAAAAUGAGUUUUUUCACAAUGGUAUGAAGUGUAAUAAUGAAAAUAAUAACCUUUUAAAAUAUGAAGUUGAUAAUACAAAAAUAAAAAAAAAAAACUUUAUUAUAGGUAAUGAAAUUGAUAAUAAUAAAGCUAGUUGUAACUUGGUCGAGCAUAAUAUAAAUAACAUAGAGAAAGAAAAUGUUAAAAUUACAAAAAAUGACACAGCAAAUUUCACAAAUAAUGAAAUUUUGAAUAAGAAAAAAAUGAACAUUGCUAUUAUAAAUGAUGAAAUAUCCAGAAACAAUAAAAAUAUGAAUGAAGAUAUGAAUGAAGCGAUUAUAAAAGAAAGUAUAAUAAAAAAUGAAAAAAUUUUAAAUUACAUUCAAAUUAGUAAAAUAGAAAAAAAAAUAUAUAUAAAUGAUUAUGUAGAUCAUAAAAUAACUGAUGAAUUAAAUAACAUGGUUAAAGAAUUUCUAAAAAAAAUUGCAAAAUCACAUGAAAAGUUAUUAUUAAAAAAAAAAAGAAGAUACUGUUUAGGAUUAAAAGAAUGCUAUAAACAUAUAUGUAUAAAUGAACCAAAACUAAUUAUAGUUGCACCCAAUAUUGAGCCAAUGGUAAAUAAUGUAUUUGAUGAUAUGAUAAAAAAAAUAAUAUAUAAAUGUAAAGAAAAAAAUAUUCCUUUAAUAUAUGCCUUAAGCAAAAAUUUACUGGGUAAAUGUAUAAAUAAAUCUAGACAAUCAAUUAUAUGUAUAAUUGAUAAUGAUUCAUAUAUAAAGGAAUGUAAUGAUAUUAUAGCUUUAGCUAAUUUUCUUAAAAUAUACAAGUGA